AUGGUUGCAGAAAAAAGCAAUGCAGGAUUGAAGAGCAACAGGAAGAGAGCAGGGCAGCCUUCAAGGAGAAAGGAGCUUUCUGUUGUAGAGAAGGUCAAGAUAGCAGAGGAUUUGGAGGCAAUGCAACAAGGAUCUUCCAGCAGCAAGGAACUUUUCAAGAAAGGCAGGACCAGGUAUGGCUUAGACACCAGGACCUUGAAGGACAUCAUGUCCAAGAAAAAGGUGUUUGAGAAACAGAAGGGGCAGUUGAAGAUGAAGAGAGGCAGGGUUGUAGGCUCAAGAUUUGUCAGGGCAAAGGGCGCAGGCAGAAAGUUGGAAUUUGAGAAGGAGAUUACAAAGGUCAAGGACAUGGUUUUGAAGGAGAGGUCCAAUGGAGUUGUACUUGCAAAGGGUGAUCUUCUAGAUGAAUUUCUAGCGCAGUUGGUGUCUUCAGCCCAAGAAUCCUUGAAGAAGGCAGAGCUUUCCCAGAGUGAGAUCCAGAAGAAGACCUGGGAACUUGAAGCAAAGCAGUACUUUGCCAGAAGGGACAAACUUCUAGGAAGCAAGAAGUACAGACAGUCUUUCACCACUAGGCUUUUGGAGUACUGUGGUUCAAAGGAAGUCAAGAAGGAGUUGACAAGCCCUUUGAGUGCUUUUGAAGAGAAAACGCGUUGCCAAAUCUCUUGGCAAGCCAUAGACAGACAGCUGUGGCUUGCAGGUGCUGCUCCUGAGGAAGAUGUCUUGAAGUCCAAUGUCUUUGCAGAUCCCAAGUCUGUCUUGAAGCCUGGAGUCAGGGAACUUCUAACCAUUGGCUUUUCAGACCAGGUCCCACUUUGGGCCAAGGCUGAGAGUUCAAAAAUGGUGGUUUCUAGUGAAGAGCUUUCAGGCAUCACAACUCAAGACAGGAAACAGUUUCAGCUUUUCAGGAAAGAUUUGAAAGAAGCUGUUGAUUUCUUCAAUCCAGAAAAGGAUUCAAGCCAAGAGGUGACCUUAGAAGGCAAAACCAAAGAUGCAGGUGUAAGGAGGAUUGCAGGCAGCUUGACAGCCAAGGGACUUGCAGAGAACUCCAAGUUCAGAAUCACUUAUGAAGCACGCCAAAGGAUUGUAGGCUUGCCUGUUGGGAGUGAUGGAGUUACAG